UCUUCAAAUGAACAGUGGUCAUCCACCAGCUUUUAGAAGAGUAUAAUUCCUGCGGACUCAUUUCAUUUGCGUUAGGGCAAAAGGUGAGGCGGUCAGUGUUCCCGCCCAAACUCAUCAUGCUCUAAGUGUUGGUGUUAGGGUUCCAUCCAGAAGAAGAAGAGAAAGAAUGGCAGAUAGUGGGAAAGUGACUCGAGUGGAAGAAGAAGUUGAAGGAGAGCAUGUGGAGUCGGCCGACUACAUUUUCAAAAGGAUCGGCGACCCCCUCCCAAUCACGCCUCAUGAUUCCAGUUUCGAUCCCCGAGGCAGCCCUUCCCGGCCUCUCGCCGUCUCCGAGAAACACGGCCUCGUCUUCGUCGCCCAUUCCUCCGGGUUUUGCGUUGCGAGGACCAAAGAUGUUAUGGCUUCGGCAUCUGAGAUGGAGGAAAAGGGAAGCUAUUCUUCUGUACAGGAGCUGAGUAUUGUGGAUGUUCCUCUUCCCAACCUACACAUUCUCGCACUCUCUACCGACAGUUCUACUCUCGCAGCUACUGUAGAUGCAGACAUUCACUUCUUCUCCGUCGAAUCACUUCUCCAUAAGGGUCUUAAACCAUCAUUGUCUUGUUCGCUCAAUGAAUCCAAAUCUAUCAAGGAUAUGCAGUGGGCAAGGAAACCUGAAAACCUUUAUGUGGUCCUUUCGGAUCUUGGGAAGUUAUCUCAUGGAUCGGUUGGUGGCCUUAUGGAAGAUGUAAUGGACAAUGUUGAUGCUGUUGGAUGGAGUUCUAAAGGAAACUUAAUUGCCGUGGCAAGAAAGAAUAAUAUCAGCAUUCUAUCAUCUAACUUUGAGGAGAGGUCAUCUAUGUUAAUUUAUUUCAAGCCCUGGGAUGAAGAUUCUGAUGAAAACUGCAUUGUAAAAGUGGAUUCUAUCAGGUGGGUACGCCAUGAUAGCAUCAUUCUAGGAUGCUUUCAACUGACUGCUCAUGGCAAUGAAAAAGGUUACCUUGUUCAAGUAAUAAAAGUCAAGGAUGGCAAAUUUACUGAUGAUUCUUGCAAGCCAGUUGUGAUAUCUUUCUAUGAUUUGUUUUCAAAUGUCAUUGACGACAUUCUGCCCUCUGCAAGUGGACCAUACUUGUUAUUGAGCUAUCUGGAGCAAUGUGAACUUGCAAUUGUCACUAACAGGAAGAAUGUGGACGAGCAUAUUGUGUAUCUUAGUUGGUCGCUAGGAGAGGAGAAGAAUGAAGUUGUAGUUGUUGAUAUUUUCCAAGAUAGUUUGCUACCAAGGAUUGAGCUUCAAGAUAAUGGUGAUGAUAAUUUGAUUCUGGGGCUCUCAGUAGAUAAAGUUUCAAUAAGUAAAAAGAUUAGUGUACGGUUUGGAGAGGAACACAAAGAACUCUCACCAUUUUGUGUUCUGAUAUGUCUUACGCUAGAGGGAAAACUGAUUAUGUUUCAUGUUGCCAGUGUCAGCGGCAUUACAGCCUCACCUGCGGUUGUUUCCUCCCUUUCUGAUGGUGAGGAGGAUUCCACUGCAUUGGUACCUGUAGAAAGUGAAUCAACUAAACCUUCUUUCCAGCUGGAGAAGGAACAAUUUGAAAAGGCUUCUAUGGAUGUUCCAUUGGUUAUUGAGAACAGAAAAGAACUUGACAGAAAAGUAGGUCUUGAUGUCCAUGUCAAAGAUGACUUGAAAUCUCUUAACGCGAAUGAGACAGUGAUGCCUGGACUUCUUACUCAAAUACUCAAUAAAGAAAUUACUAGUUACAAGGAAGUGGAGCCCCUGAAAAACACUCAAUCAUUUAAGGCUGAAGGGAAACAGGAAGUUAUUGUCCCAAAGCGAAAUGAAGAUGUAGAUGGAAACCAAAUACAGCUUCCUGGACUGGGAAACAGAAAUACUGAGCAAGCAUCUACCAACGCUUCUCUUCAAGAAGGGCCUAAUUAUGUGUUCAGUGACUUUAGCAAGACAGAGGCUCAAAAUAUUGAAGGACGAGGAACUGGGAGCGUAUCUUUUGGUGGUAACGUUGCUGCUGAUGCUGCUAUAAAAUCAAAUUCAAAUGAUAAACGUAAUAAUUUUGGGAUGGGGACAGAAUCUCCCGGAAAAAUGGAGUCAGCGGGUUUCCAAAGUGUUUCAUCUCAGUCACGGUUUGGUGGAACAAUCGUAUCUUCAAAGGACACUGACGUGAAAUCACCACUCAUAACUUCAACUUCUAUUCAAGGCAGCAGGUCUGGAAAUGCUAGCCAAACAAAAUCUAUUAAUAUCAAGGAUGUAUCUGUUAAACCUACUUCAGUCAACUCUUAUGAUAGGCUUGGGGAGAUUGGCAAAUGGAGACCGUCAGCGGCAACUGGAAAUAUUGUGUCAGUGCCUUCCAUUUCAAGCUCCCAAACCUUAUCUCAUGGAAGUUUUUCCUUUGCGAAUUCUUCCAAUCAGUCAAGGAUGCCAAACUCCGAACCAAAUUUAUCAAAACAAUUUGGCAAUAUCAAAGAGAUGACCAAGGAGUUGGAUAUGCUUCUGCAAUCUAUAGAGGGAGCAGGCGGUUUCAGGGAUGCCUGCACCGUUAAUCAGAAGGGGUCAGUUGAAGAAUUGGAGAGAGACAUAGAGACUCUGUCUGACAAGUGCCGACUUUGGAAGAGCAUUAUGGAUGAACGACUUCGAGAAAUACAACAUCUGCUUGACACAACUGUACAAGUAUUGGCAAGGAAAAUAUACAUGGAGGGCAUUGUGAAGCAAGCGUCUGAUAGACGAUACUGGGACUUCUGGAAUUGCCAGAAAUUGAGUUCAGAACUUGAGCUUAAGCGGCGACAUAUUUUAAAAAUGAACCAGGAUUUGACCGACCAAUUAAUUCAGUUAGAAAGGCAUUUUAAUGGCCUUGAACUCAAUAAAUUUGGUGAAAAUGGUGUAGCUCGUGCCGGUGGAAGAGCCUUGCAUAGUCGAUUUGGGCCCCCAAGACACAUUCAGUCCUUGCAUAGUUUACAUAGCACAAUGACGUCACAAUUAGCUGCCGCUGAUCAACUUUCUGAGUGCCUUUCAAAACAAAUGGCAGCACUGAAGAUAGAGUCACCUUCUGUAAAGAAGCAGAAUGUAAAAAAAGAGUUGUUUGAAACAAUAGGGAUUCCUUAUGAUGCCUCUUUCAGUUCCCCUUCCCGUACUCCAAAUGAAAAACUGUCAUUUUCUUUUGGUUCUGCUGCUUCUAAAGAUCAGCCCAGGAGAAAUGUUAAUGCCAUAAAAAAUUAUGAACCAGAAACUGCAAGGAGGAGGAGAGACUCACUGGAUAGGAGCUGGGAAAGUUAUGAGCCUACAAAAGCAACUGUGAAAAGGUUUCUUUUGAAAGAGAGUGGCAAGGAAAGCGUUAAUAGAUCAUCAUUUCCCAUUGAUAAGCAACAGUUAAGUCCUCCCCUGCUGGAGGGAUCAGCAGUUACUCGCCCAAGGGACCACACAAGCCCUACAUCCUUCUUGCAUCCAUCCGUAAACAAAUCAGGUAUUCAGGGUGCACAACCGAAACAGGCUUUUGAGAGCUCAGCAACGCCAUUUGUUUGGGCUAGUGAUCUUCCAGGAUCAUUCCAACGUACUGGGCUGAAGUCUCUUAUGCAAGAACACAAAAUGUCACCAACAUCCCAAUUAUUCCCUGCAGCCGGGCAAAAUUUUACAAGGGAAACUAGCAUGACAGCAGAAAGAUCUGGCGAUGGCAUGGCAUAUAUUGGGAAGUAUGAUUCAGUUCCUAUGAAGGAAAAGCCUGUCUUACCAUCAGACACUACUCAGAAACCAUCAUCUUCUAAGGUAUCUACACAAACACUGUCUUUGCAGAAGAAACAGAAUGAUAUGCUAAAUUCAUAUGCUAAAGAUACUGCACUUCCACCAAAAGAAAUUGUGAAGGAUGGGCCUUUGACCACAAGAAUGGCAUCUACUGAAGCUGGGAAAAAACAUGACUUUCCAUUUUCUCCCUCAUUUUCUGUUCCUACGAUUGCUAGCGAGCCUGGAAAGUUUGCCCAGACCGAUGCUGCAACAAAUAAAAGCCAGACUGAUAAAAUGCCACCACCUACCACAUUCUCAGUGUCAGUUUCUGCACCUUCAUCUCCAAUAAUUAGUUCAUCAUCAGCUCCUCUAUCUUCGUCAUCAAUUCCGCAAUCAGUUGCACCAACCUUUUCCUCAACGAUGCCCUUAAACAAAUCUUUGGCUAGUUCUAUCACUGCUGCAGAUGAAAGCAAACCUGUGAGUUCAACAUCAGAAUCUCCAAAGACAGAGAUCCAACCACCUUCAAAACCAGACAUGAAUGCUAAUACUACAUCACCACGCAUGGAAUUUGGGCCUUCCACAGUUGAAGGUAAUUUGGAGCUUAAACCUUCAGUGUCAUCUCCACCCUCAAUUGAGACUUCAACAGGACUUUCAUCUGGAGACGAGCCGAGUCUUAUCAAGGCUAGUCCUGCAGCAGUAGUGGCAUCUGGGAGCCAGACUGGGAUGAACGAAACUGCAGGCCCUAAACAGAAUGUAACAGUCAAUGCUCAACAAGAUCAGCCAUCUGCUGGGCAUUCUCCAUUUCCAAAUCUACCUACAACGUCAGGGAGUGUUACUGGUGGGAUUGAUGGCUUGGAUGUACAAAAUGCAGAGGAGGAUGACAUGGAUGAGGAGACUCUGGACACAAGUAGAGUAAAUGAACUUAGUUUGGGAAGCCUUGGUGGGUUUGGGCUUGGCUCUGCUCCUAAACCCAAUCCAUUUGGUGGAUCAUUUGGCAAUGCACAAAAUGCACAAACAAAUGCGACUUCUCCUUUCUCCAGGCCUGUUCCUAGUGGAGAGUUAUUUCAGCCUGCCUCCUUUAACUUCCAAUCUAUAGAGCCUUCCCAAUCAUCUCAGCCAGCAAAUUCAGGUGCAUUUGCUGGUGGCUUUGGCACCAGUACUACUGCCCAAGCUCCCAUUCCGAGUGGGUUUGGCCAGCCAGCACAGGUUGGACCAGGGCAGCAAGCAUUAGGGUCAGUUCUUGGUGCUUUUGGACAGUCGAGACAGCUUGGUACUAGUCUACCAGGUACUGGUUUUGGAUCACCCAGUGGUUUUGGUGGAGGCAUUGCUGGCAUUACUCCCACCGUUAACUUCACAAGUGCUGCUACUGGAGGAUUUGCUGGUGCUGCUUCUGGUGGUGGUGGAUUUGCUAGUUUGGCUUCAGGUGGCGGUGGUUCUGCUGCUGCGGCUUCAGGUGGUAGUGGUUUUGCUGCUGCAGCUUCAGGCGGUAGUGGAUUUUCGGGUGCGGUUUCAGGCGGUGUGGGAUUUGCUGGUGCAGCUUUUGGUGGAGGGGGCUUUGGUGGUACAGCUUCAGGCGGUGGUGGAUUUGGGGCGUUUGGUGGCCUACAAGGAUCUGGCAGUUUCUCUGCUUUUGGUGGUGUAGGAGGAACGGGAAAGCCACCGGAGUUGUUCACACAGAUGAGGAAGUAACCGUUGUCUCUUUCCAGAUUUUGAGCAAUCCAUCAUAAUGCAAUGGCCAAUUGAACAUACUGAAAUCACUUGAAAGCUUUUUUAGUUUGUAUGCUACAAAAGAAGCUAGGUUACACAUUCUUCUUCUUCUCGUGUAGGUUUUUGUACUUUCUCAUCACCAUAGUUCUUUGUAAUUGAAAAAGAACAUCAGAGAUAUCACAAGUAAUUCGGUUAUUCACAAAUGUUGAUGCAAGCGAAGGGAAAAUUGAUAGCC